AUGAGUAACAAAUAUUUGGAUGAUAUGGUAGAAGAUACUAACAUAGGAGGGUCAGAAUUCAGUAGUGGUAGCCCUGUUAAACCUUUUUUCAAAACUGAGUUAAUUAAUAAUACAGAAUUUUGUGUUUGUCACCACAAAGUUUAUAAAGCUAUGAUAGAAAGUGGUAGAGUAAAAAUUAUAACAAAAGAUAAUGAUAAAUUUGAAUUUUCCAUAAUGGCUGAGUCCUCACAAUCAACAAUCAUACAAGUGCUUAAUAAAAUAAAAAAAUAUCCCUUUAAUCAUCCCAAACAGAAAAAACUUAAUAGCAAUACUGCUGCCUUUAUUGUUGAAGAUCUUCAGCCAUUUUCGGAACUUCUUAUAAAUAGUGAAGAUAAAAUUUUAAAAAAUAUUCAUGAGUAUGCAAUUGAUGAUAAUGAAAUUAAUAAUGGUGAUCCUUACAUUGGACUUACACUUCAUUGGAUAAACGAUAAUUUUCAAAUAAAGGAAAUAAUUGGUACUAUUUCAUACCUUCCAUAUCCUUAUACUGCCGAAUGUCUUCUAAAUAAAAUAGUUGAAAUUUUAGAUAGUCUUAAGCUUAAAAAUAUAACUGUUUGUGGGACAGUUGAUAACAGGUCAAAUAUCAAAUCAUGCUUAGAAAAAUUAGACCGAAAAUAUGGCAUAUAUAAGUAUAAGUUACUUUUAGUUGAAGCCAAUGACAAUAAUUUGCUUAAAAAUUAUGAAGAAAAAGAAUUAUUAUCUGAUGAUUGGGAUAAGGUAACUGAAUUAGUGAAAUUGUUGCAUCCUUAUGAAAUUAUUUCUAAAAAAUUAUCAGGUUUGCAAUAUCCAACACUUUUACAAGCAUGGUUUGCAAUUACUUUUAUUAAGACAAAGCUUAAUUGUGUUAAAACAAAUGAUACUAAUCUUGCUGCAUUUUUUGACCCAAGAACCAAAGACAUGCCAAUAUUUACUAAGAAUGAAAGAAGUCAUACUAUUUUAGAAGCAUGUGUUGAAUUCGAAUUAAAUUCUAACUCUCGUAAAUUAGACACUUUAUCAGAUACAGAAAGUCAAAUAGAUUUGACACUAUCUAGUGACAAAAUAAAUGAUGAAGACAUUUUUGCUCUCCCAACAGAUACUAGUUCUUAA